UUAUUCGACUUACAAAUACACUAACUAAAUUUACGAACGAGUGACCUGUUUUCUGUCUAAAAUUUAUAGAGUAUAUUCCUUUCAAUUUUAGUUAUUCUGCUUCGUAUAGAUCAUUCUUGAAUUAUGCUUCAAAAUGGCGGGCUACGCUAUUUAUUGAUUGAUGGCGGAGAAGAAGAAAGAAGGAGAGCCAGUGGGUGGAGAGGAAUUUUAUGUGGAGAAAAUUUUAGAUAGACGUAUCAGAAAUGGCAAGGUUGAGUAUUUUUUGAAGUGGAUAGGAUACAACGAUGAGGAUAACACAUGGGAACCUGAAGAGAACUUAGAUUGUCCAGACCUUAUUGAAACAUUUGAAGAAGCCCGUAAGAAGAAAGAAGCAGAGGGAAAACGUCCUAAAAUUGGAAAGGAUGCAAAGAAGAGAAAAUCUAAUGCUGAUAAUACAGCUGAUUUAAAGGGUGCAAAAAAAAGUAAAAGUGAUGAUAAAAAAAGAUCUGGAUUUGACCGUGGAUUGGAACCAGAAAAAAUUAUUGGAGCUACUGACAGUAGUGGUGAGCUGAUGUUUCUCAUGAAGUGGCAGGGUAUUAAUGAAGCAGAUUUAGUGACUGCCAAGCAGGCACAUGUAAGAUGCCCGCUUAUUGUGAUACAGUUCUAUGAAGAGAGGUUGACAUGGCACACCCCUUUUCCAGAUGAUUUCAAUGAUGAUUCUGAAUAAAAGGAACAUCUGAAAAAUUUAAGAUUACUUAAACAUAAUAUUAAGCUAUUUAUAAUGUAUCUUUAUAUAUUCAUACAAUGUGGCACUACAUUGCAUUAUUUGUUGCUUAGACAGCAGAACCUCUAUAGUUCAAACCCCUUCUAAUCCGAAUGCAAUACUCACAAAAUAAAUGCCUUGACUGGGCUGACCUA